AUGGUCUUAGUUUACAAAUUUUUGUUCCUUUUGUUUUCUCAACUUAUGCUACUUGGUAAUGGCUACCAAGAAGAUUGUCCGGCUUCAUUUAGUUGUGGAUACCUUGGUAAUAUCAGCUUCCCUUUCACUACAACACAACGCCAGGACUGUGGCUUAUUGCCAAUACAAAAUUGUGACGAUGCAAUGAAGCCCAAAAGGAUCCAAUUUCAAGAUAAAGGGAAAUGGUUUGAGGUUGGAAUUGUAAAUUCUCUUGAGUUUCGCGGUAGUAGCAAUGCUACUUUAUCUUUUGUUUUCAGAGACAAUAAUCUCUACCAACUGCUACAAAACAAAAGUUGUGAAGCUUUGAGAUAUAGUUAUAUUCUUCCUCCCACCUCUCACUUUGUUUCUUUACAUUUAGUAACUCAUGCAACCUUGUUCAUGUGCAACCGUUCCCUCCAUCUAAACCCUCCAAAAUAUAUGCACAAGUAUAUAAAGUGUCCUCUCUAUGAUCUCUACUACCAACCUUAUAGCUAUGCUGAUAAAACAUCCCGCAGUCCUUUUACAGCUUGUACAAAUGCCCUGCUUCCGGCUAAAGACUUUGCUGACAUUGACAACCCUUUUACUUUCAUAACGUCUGAUAUUAUAACUCAAGUAAAAAUAACCGAGGAAUGUGUAAGUUGUCACUACAACCAAAAAGGACAGUGUCAACUUGACAGCAACGAAAGGUUUUAUUGUGCCAACGGAAGCAUCUCAGUAGCACCACUACCUCUGAAAAAAGUUAUGAAUGCAAGGCGAAAAGGGAUGAGAUGGAAUGUUAAACUCGGUAUAGCAAUCAUGGUGACCAUUGGAGUUGCAGUGCUGAUGUUGUUGGCUUAUUGUUUAAGGACAAAGAUCUCCACUCCAUUAUUUCUUUUCUUCCGAAAGGGAAAUUCAACCCAGCUUAUUAUUGAGGAGUAUUUGAAAGAACAUGGACCUCUUCCAGCUGCGGCUAGCUACAGUUAUUCUGAUAUAAAAAAAAUAACAAACUCUUUCAAAAACAAAUUAGGGCAAGGAGGGUACGGAAGUGUAUACAAAGGGAAAUUACACGAUGAGCAACCUGUUGCAGUGAAGAUUUUAAGUGAAUCAAAAGGUGAUGGUGAAGAUUUCAUCAAUGAAGUUGCAAGUAUCAGUAGAACUUCACAUGUCAAUGUUGUUAGACUUUUGGGGUUCUGCUUGGAGGGUUCUAAAAAGGCACUAAUAUACGAAUUCAUGCCUAAUGGUUCUCUUGAAAAAUUCAUAUAUGAAGAGAAAAAUAUACUGCAGAAUGAUAUCCAAUUGGAUUGCAAAACAUUGUAUGAUAUUGCAAUUGGCGUUGCUCAUGGAUUAGAGUACUUGCACAGAGGCUGCAACACUAGAAUCUUACAUUUUGACAUAAAGCCUCAUAAUAUAUUACUAGAUGCUGAUUUUUGUCCAAAAAUUUCAGAUUUUGGACUUGCCAAAAUAUGUCCGAGAAAAGAAAGCAUUGUAUCCAUAUUUGGCGCAAGAGGAACACCGGGAUAUAUUGCUCCAGAGUUGUUUUCCAGAAAUUUUGGAGGUGUGUCACAUAAAUCAGACGUCUACAGCUAUGGAAUGAUGGUCUUAGAGAUGGUUGGUCGAAGAAAGAAUAUUAAGGUUGAAGUUGAUUGUUCUAGCGAGCUAUACUUUCCACAUUGGAUUUACAAGCGCCUUGAAUUGAAUCAGGAUCUUGGACUUAGGUGUAUUAAAAACGAAAUUGAUGAAGAAAUGGUAAGAAAAAUGACAGUGGUGAGUUUAUGGUGCAUACAAACCAACCCUUCGAAUCGACCAUCGAUGCAUAAAGUGGUGGAAAUGUUGGAAGGGAGCCUUCAAGUGCUGGAAAUGCCACCCAAACCCUUUUUGUCUUCUCCUUCAACAUCUCCAACCCAUUUUUCAUCAGAAAUAUUAUAA